CACACACACACACGUACUAGCCAAAUGGCUAGUAAAGUUAUUGAAUUCACAAACUCUCUCACACAUGAUCCGCUUUCCUCAACACACUCCCCUGUGUGUCUGACACCAUUCUUACACUAUAAGUCAGAGAAGUAUCUGCGGCAUUGCCUCUAAAGUUUAUGUGAUGAGCAGCACCUCAGCAGCCAAUACGGAGCAGGACAAAAAAGAGGGAGCCGGAGUCAUAAUGUCCCCAUCAACUUUUGACCAUGACACCAUCGUCACCCCGCCCCCUCCUGUUCCGCCCCCACCCCUGCCAAUGGUAAACAUUCAAAGGAGGCGUAGAAUUAGGAGUUUUUACUGGAAGCCAAUUCCAGAGGAACGCGUUCAACAGCGAGGAGCACCCAACUUGUGGACACUUGCAAAUCAUUCUGAUAAACACAAAUUUCAGAUCGAUAUCAAGAGUGUCGAGGACCUGUUUGGACUGAACGACAGACACACAGUAGCCACAGCUAGCAGCAAGACCAGUCGAGUGCACAGCGGUUUGUCUGAGCAGAACAAAGAGAUUAGCAUCCUUGACCCUAAAAGGAGUAUGAAUGUAGCGAUUUUCCUUAAAUGUUUUAAAAAAUCCAUUCAGUCUCUCAUUGAUGACAUUGUCCAUGGAAACAGUGAGGUGUUUGGAGCAGAACGACUGAGAGAACUGAACAAACUACUGCCAGACACACACGAGGUGGAAAAGCUGCAUUCAUAUAAAGGGGAUAAAACUAAUUUAAACACUGUGGACUCCUUUAUGUACCAGCUUACACUCUUACCCAGGUUUGAUCUGCGAGUAGAAGCCAUGCUUCUGAAGGAGGAGUUUUCGGCUUUAUGCUCAUCACUGAAACAAGAUGUGUUCAUUAUCCGCUCUGCCAUCAAAGAGCUGCUGAGUUGUGUGGAGCUUCACUCAGUCCUUCACCUGGUGCUGGAAGCUGGAAACAUCAUAAACACUGAUGGUUAUGGUGGAAAUGCUGUGGGUUUUAAACUAUCCUCACUUCUGUCUCUGGCGGAAACCAAAUCCAAUAAACCAGGAAUGAACCUGCUGCACUUUGUUGCUCUGGAAGCCAAGAAGAAAGAUGACCAGCUGCUCAAAUUUCCUGAAAAGCUCCAGUAUGUCGAGAGCGCAGCACGGGUGAGUGUGGACAGUUUGAAUGUUGAGUUGGACAAUCUGAACAGGAGACUAGAAACCUUACAGCAGAACAUCCAGAAGGAUACACAACUACUGCAGCAACUACACACCUUCCUACAGUGUGCAGCUGUUUCUCUAAAGGAAGUCAGUGCCUGUCAUUCUCUGUUAAUGACUGAAGGAGAACAGAUGAUUGAGUUCUUUUGUGAAGACACAGAGACCUUCAAAUUGGAUGAGUGCUUCUACAUUUUCUCCCAUUUCUGCUCCAAAUUCACUAAAGCAGUACAGGAGAAUGUGGAGCGUGCAAUGAGGGCAGCGUCUCAACUGAAACGGGUGAAAGCUGGCAAGGGAAAUCAGCCUUCCUGGGCAGGACAACAUUGGGCAGGCAGUGUCUUGGGGUCCAGGUGCAGCAGUGAAAUUGAUGUUCGGACAGCUGUGAAGUGGGAGGGGCUUAUAGAGCUCCUUAUUUCUCAACCCCCCAGCUUCCACAGUUCUUUGGGGGGGUAUGGCCUCCAUCGCCCACGACAUCGGUUCAGUGACGGCAACAUGAAUAUAACGGAGACACACUCACCAUCAGACACACAGUCUCACUCAGCAUCCACGCCUGUCCAGGUGGAAACCCACACACUGUUUCCUGAACUGCAAAACUUUCCCUUUAAAACUUUAUCUCUUGGUCACCGUGGCAAUGACCCCACUGAGAUAUCGAGCAGUGUUGUAACAAAUAUUGAGUUUCCAUACCAUGACACUGGCAUCAAAAACCCAGACAAGAACAGACACAUGGCGAUGACCUCUGCCCCUGCAAAGGCAAGGUUAGAGGUUGAUGCCGAAUUAGUUUUAGGGAUGAAGUCAGAGGUGGGAUUAGGGGUGGUGUCAGAGGUGGGAUUAGGGGUGGUGUCAGAGGUGGGAUUAGCGGUGGAAUCAGAGGUGGGAUUAGGGGUGGUGUCAGAGGUGGGAUUAGCGGUGGAAUCAGAGGUGGGAUUAGGGGUGGUGUCAGAGGUGGGAUUAGGGGUGGAAUCAGAGGUGGGAUUAGGGGUGGUGUCGGAGGUGGGAUUAGGGGUGGAAUCAGAGGUGGGAUUAGGGGUGGAAUCAGAGGUGGGAUUAGAGGUGGAGUCAGAAGUGGAUAAACCUACAGAUCUGAUAAACAAACACUAUGAGAAACAGAAUGAGGAAGUAAACAGUAAUAUAGGUCUUAAACACAAGCUCAUCAUCUCUCCAACUGCUGAUAAAACUAAUGCUUCCUGUCGCAACCCGCCAGAAUUGAAAACCACCAGGAAGUCCACCAAUCAGGAAUUAGACUGCAAAACUAACAAAAUAACCAAUAGAUCAAAUAAGACUCCAUGUAAAAGUGUGCAAUCAUUCAGAAAAAUGCCGGUGAAAAAAUCGAUCGUUUCUCCUGAUCCCUCCCCCUCUUCAUCGUCACUGAAACCCCGCCCCCGUAAUCCUAUACAAACUCCGACUCAAAAUGACAAACAAAGUAUGAGGAAAGUUAUUUCUGUUAGCAGUACUAAGCCCCGCCCAAUCACACACUCUCAGAGUGUUAAAAUCCUGGCCCCAACUACAUCUACCUCUUCACACACAACUACACCAGUGCACACCAGCCCCACUCCCAAGGCGUCCUCCAUUCAGAAAUCAAUGGUGAAGAAACCCAUGAUUCACCAGAAAUCUGCACCCAAAGAGAAGCUAUGUAGAUUUACAAAUCUACCAACUCAGGAAAGUCAUACCAAUACCCACAAAACCCUGCCCCACUUUGCUUGCAGCACCGUGAGCUUCACCACUCGCAGUCCUGUCACCACCAGUAACGUCCCUCUCAGCCAGAAGGAUGUGUCCACUACUCCGAAAAAUUCUCCACAGAAUCACACAGCACCCCACAGAGCAAGCCAUCUGAGCACACCCAGUAGAUCAGCUAGUAAAGAUGUAAAAAAUGUAAAGGUCAAACCUGUACGUCCGGCCUGGAGGUAGACAUCUUUAAAAAUUUAUUCAUUUGAAUUAAACUAAAUUUUGAAAAACUUAAUAAAAUAAACUGAACUAAAUUCAGUAAAGAUGUUGUGUGUUUUUGUGUGUGUGUGUGUGUGUGUGUGGUAUUAAACAGUUCAGUAAAAGUUUUGGACUUAUUUCUUCUAGAUGAGAUGAAGAAAAUUCGGAUAUAUUUUGACGUUUGAACAAAUUUGUCGGGUUUGUGUAUUAAGCUGAAGCUGGAGAUACACAUUCACACACAGAGAGACAAUUUCAUCUAAAAGGUGUCAUGGGGAGGGGGGUUCAGUACUGCUUACACAUCAAGUCUCACU